UUUACCCUGCAGAGGCGCUACUUGCAACCCGGAAGUGCAAUGAUUUAUUUGAAGAAGCCGGACUGUGGAACUCGCCGUUAAACCUUCUUCAUUCUCUUCUUGGUGACGUCUCGUCGCCUCGUCAUUUGUUGUGGUACAUCUAUACAUAUUUGGUCCACAUUAAAAGAGCAAGCAUGAGCAGCCAUCCUGCAGACACUCAUGAGCUCUCCAAGCAGCCUCUUCAAGGACUGAAAUUGGCAUCGCAUGCGGUGCUGGAGAAAGUGCAGCAGAGGGGCAGGUCAAAGUGUGCUAAAUGUGGAGGAUCAAGGAUGUUCUUCUGCUACACAUGCUGCUUAUUAGUGGACGUCAAUCUGCAAGAAAUCCCCACCGUCAAGCUUCCAGUGAAGAUAGACAUCAUCAAGCACCCUAACGAGACAGAUGGCAAGAGCACUGCUGUUCAUGCCAAGAUUCUUGCACCGAGCGAUGUCACCAUAUACACCUACCCCUGCAUUCCAGAGUUUGAUCAAGACAAGGUUGUGUUGGUGUUCCCUGGUCCAGGCGCUGUCACAGUACAGGACAUGAUGCAAUGUUUGCACGAGAGGACAUUUGACCCCUCUGGUGAACCUUGGUUAAAGAGGCGGAAAAUAGACAACACAGCAUCUGCCACACACACUGCAGAGGACCCAGAGUCAGGGACCACAGAUGAAACAAAAGGCUCAGAAUCAAGGGCACAUCCCCUUCAAAGGGUGGUCUUCAUCGACAGCACAUGGAACCAGACCAACAAAAUCAGCACAGAUGAGAGGCUACAAGACCUGCUACAAGUGGAGCUGAAAACGAGGAAAACAUGUUUCUGGCGCUCUCAAAAGGGCAAACCAGACACUUACCUGGCGACCAUUGAAGCGAUCUACUAUUUCCUCAAAGACUUCCAUGAGCAAUGCCUUGCUCAAGACUACAAUGGAGAGUACGAUAACCUUCUCUUUUUCUACUCCUACCUGCACUCUGUGGUCAACAAGUCUAUGGCUGGAAAGAAGGAAGCUGACAAAAGAAAAGAAAAACUGUAAAAGACUAAGCUUGGACAUACUUUUUUCAAGUUUAUUUUUUUGUCUGGGACAGUAUUUUGAGUUGAGACAGUGGCACAUUUUGAUAGUGUUCAAUUAAAAUUAAAAUGGUUUACAAUGACACAUAA